AUGCUAUUACAAGAAGUGCCCUUGUCAGGCACAGACAAGAGUUCUGUGUGUACUAUCGCAUCAGAACAUAUCAAGAAAUACGCUGAAUCAGAUAGUUUGCCAACAGAACUGUACAAGAGCAUAUAUUCACAAGAACAAUUGAUACACUAUGCAAAGUGUUUUGCAAGUGACCCACCUCAGAGUACUUGGCUAUUACAAAAAAUAUUAGAUAUACCAGGUGUAUUAGUACGCUAUGGUAUCUUGUUUCCUUUGCGAUUAGCAACCUUGAGUGCAGCCAGUAUAGCAUUUUUUACCACACUUCCAGUAGCAGUAGCAGCCAACAGUAAUUACAUGGUAUCAACACUAGUCAAAUACUAUUGUAAAGCAAUUCUUGUUUCUCUUGGUACAGUUGUUGAAUACAAUGGUGAAAAGCCUCAUUUGACAGAGCCUCAUGUGUUUGUGGCAAAUCAUACAUCCUACCUAGAUUUUAUCCUUCUAAGUGCAAAUAGAUUUCCUAAUGCAGUAGUCAUGGCACGACAUGGAGGUGCAUUAGGUUUCUUACAAAACUAUGGAUUGAAUUUUUUGCAUUCAAUGACCUUUGACCGGUCUAAUAUGGAAGAGCGCAGGCUUUUGUCAGAACGGCAAGUGUUAAAAAGCCACGUAAUGAACCCAAAUACAUGGCCUAAUCCAAUGGUCAUAUUUCCAGAAGGUACUUGUGUCAAUAAUCAAUACGCCAUUAGAUUUCAAAAAGGAGCUUUUCAACUUGGUGUAAAGGUGUGCCCGGUUGGUAUAAAGUAUAACCGUGCGUGGGGAGACCCAUACUGGGAUACUAGAAAGGGAUUCUUGUACUAUGGCUUUUAUCGAAUGACACGAUGGAUCACACCCGUCAAGGUUGUGUACAUUCUACCUCAGAGUCAGACAGAGGACGAGAAUUUUGCAGAUUAUGGAGAACGGGUCAGAAAGACGAUUGCGGAUUCCAUUGGACUCAAGAUAGAAGAUUUCAAUGGGAUGGCUAAACGCGAUUUGUUAGAUAAGAUCAAUCUUUGA